CAACAUCAACCCAAACCCCACCUUUCUUUGUUUUGUGUUUGUUUUGUGUCCUGUAUUUUGUUUCACGCUAGCAUCCCUUCACUCUAUUGCGUACUUCUGGCCCAGCAUUUUGUUGGGUUGGUUUUGUUCGUUUUGUCAGCGACAAUGAAGGCUCCCGCCACACCCAAGGCUGUGUCCGCAGCUGCGGGGAUGCAGAGCAAGACGCUGACACCCGCGGCCACCAGCAAGAUUUUGGCGCCAAUUCAAACACCUUCGCUCAGCCGAUUGCCAUCGACUGCAUCUUCAUCGUCCGCGCCCGUGCCGGUCGUGCCGAUGGCGAUGGACGUAACAAUAGACGGCGUCGCUACGCAGACAGAUACAGCCGUUCCGUUGGCACUGAUCACCGAUGUCGAGGCUGACACCUUGUUUGGCGAGCAAUGGCGCCAACCAGCAGGCACUGGCACGCUGAAUCUCGAUCCACAAGCCCGAUUGCUGACUGCCAAGGUCAAGGAGCUCGCACACUCGGCGGCAGAGGUGGCUGCAGAGGCCUUGCGACAACACCCAACGCCGUCUCGCCGCGUCCAAGUUUCCCGCGAGGUUGGCUGGUUUAAGGCACCGGUGGCGACUCCCGACCAAGACCAAGAUUGCUCGUGCAGUAUCGAGUAUGACAUGGAUGACGAGGACGAGCAGUGGCUGACGCAGUUGAAUGCGUAUCGGCGCCAGUAUGGGCUCGUCACGCUCGACCCGUCAUUAUUCGAGGUGCUGAUGGAUCGCCUCGAGAAGGAGUCGCAUUUCUUGACAACGCCUGGCGCGGCGUCCUUUGCCAAGCCGGCAGCGACUUCCUCGAGUCGCGCCAAGCGAGCCGUCACGUCUGAUGAUGAGGAUGAGCGCAGUGAAGACGACUUGUCGGAGAUUGUUCAACGCAAUGCGCGUUUGAUGCAACAGCGGACCCGCUCUGGCCCUUCCGAGUCCCAAGACUCUGACGGCGAGCCCCUCGAUGAGAACGACGACGACGCUGUUUGCUGCGUGUGCCUGGGCCCGUCACCGGCUCCUGGAAACGAAAUUAUUUUUUGCGAUUCGUGCAACAUGGCCGUGCACCAGAACUGCUAUGGCGUACCAUACAUUCCCGAGGGCCAGUGGGUAUGCCGUCGGUGCAUUGUCUCCCCAUCCAAGCCGGUCGACUGUGUCUUGUGCCCCAACAAGGGCGGCGCUUUCAAGCAAACAGUCGAUGGUCGGUGGGCUCACAUUGUUUGUGCCAUGCUGGUUCCUGAGACUGUCCUGGGCAACACCGUGUACCUCGAACCGAUCGAUGGCGUGCAGCAUAUUCCCAAGGCUCGGUGGACUUUGAAGUGCUACCUGUGUGGCAAACGAACGGGUGCUUGCAUCCAAUGUCACAAGCCCAAUUGCUACACCUCAUUUCACGCAACCUGUGCCCAGCGUGCCGGUCUGCAUUUGCAUUUCGCCCAUCUGCAUUCCGACGAGGAGGACGAAGAGGAAGAAACACCUUCCGACCGUCGGCGCAGCCAGCACGUGUCCUCUUCUGCGCGUAAACGCCGCAACUCGUUCCUGGCCGAGCAAGACAACUUUGCCUUCUGUGAUCUUCACACUUCAAAGCCUGGCUCCUCCUCUUCCAAAGAGGAAGCCAGCAGCGACAGCGACAGCGAGUCCGUCCAGCCCGAUUCAGACCAAGACGACGAGGAAAACGACGACGACGACAACGAAAACCAAGGCGAUGACAUUGACAUUGAAGAUACGGACAACGAGUCCGACGAUGACGAUGAGAGUUUGUCCGGAGACGAUGAUGAUGAUGAGGACGAUGAUGAUGAGGACGAGGACGACGAGGACCUGGAAGAUGAAGACGAGGACGAACACAGCGACGACGAGUCGGAGGAUUCUGCUAACGAAACCGAGAACGAUAUCGACGACGCCGACGACGAGCAAGACGUCUUCUCCCAGAAAGCGCAGCAGCGCGCAAGGAAACAGCAAGCGCAGAAAAAGCAGAACGCGUCAAGCGCAGUCUCGCGCUCGCAAGGAGCUCGCAAACCAGCACCUGCAGACGAUUUCAAACGGCGGGCGAUGCUUCGAAGGACACGCAGGCUGCUCAAUGCUUCCCAGGAGGUCUCAUCGACCUCGCAUGCAACCAUUUCGCCGCAAGCUGUCAGUCACAUUGUUCGCGAUUACGUUCCCGCGACCAUCACGGACAAGGCUGCCCUGCUUGCAUGUCUCGUCCGGUACUGGCGACUCAAGCGCGACUCGCGAAACGGCAUGCCACUGCUGCGACGGCUGCAAGUGUACCGACCAGUGCACGAGAAGAGUACCGACGUCGCCAACAGUUCCGUGGCAGCAUCGAAGUCUGCCCCGCAACCGACCGCGUCUAAAGCAAAGAACCCUGCUCAGUGGAACAAGGCAAUGAACGACGCCAAACGAGCCGUGGCCACCGCCGCUGCCGAGUUGGCUGAAGCGGAGGCUGCGAGCAAUUACAACAUUGACGAGGAUGACGAAAUUCGCUACACGCUGCCUCGGCGUGGUCGACCACCGAAAGGGGUGCAUUUUCUUCCACGCACCCCAGUGCGGCAGGCACGCAUGUACGAGCAAGUUCGCCUCGCAGCGGCAGAACGGGCGCGCAUCGCAAACGACAAGCUCUCUGCCCUUCAAAACCACAGCAUGGCCACCGAAAGCGACGACGAUGCCGACAGCGUGAGCACUGUGAGCACGCGACACUCUUCGUCCCAACGCGCGUCAGCCGUAGCUAGCGAUGCAGAGGACGAGCAGGGGCAGGACUCGCAAGAGUCGGAUGCUCUGACGCUAGAGUUGUUGGAUUUCCAGCGGCUGCGACAUGAUCUCGAGCGUGUGCGCUUGCUCAUCGAGCUUGUUCGCAAGCGAGAAAAGUUCCACAAGGAAAAGCUCUUGCUCGAGGCGCGUAUUUGGGAGUACAAGCACUUUCCUGUGCAGAUCGCUUUGCGCCAAGCCAUCAAACUCAUGCUUGAAGCAGACACAAACGGCUGGUACUCUACGCCUGUCAACACGAAAGUGGUGUGGGACUACCUGCGGGUCAUCAAGCAGCCCAUCGAUCUUGGAACCAUCCAGCGCAAGGUCGAGAAUUUUGGCUACUUUACCGUGGACGAGUUUGAAAAGGACGUGCAGCUGUUGAUUUCCAACGCACGGACUUACAACACUCCAGAUUCUGCCUAUCACUCCGAAGCAGUUGCCCUGUGGUACCGAUGCGCUGCCGUGCUGCAGGAAGCUCGCGAGUGUGUCAAGGACUUGCAAGCGUUGCCGAGUGAUCUGAGUCUUCUGUCCGACCCGCUUUAUGCCUUGCAGCAAGAGCUCGAGCGUCGCCGUCUCCAAGCCGAGCAGCAAAACAAUCCCUCUCACGAAUCUCGAAAGCGUCGACUGUCACUCACAAGUGUUCCGCCACCGUUUUCGCCCGCCAGCCCGCCUGUGCCUGAAGAUUUGCUCUAUCGCGUCGUUUGGGCCAAGGCGAAAGGAUUUCCUUGGUAUCCUGGCGAGAUUGUCGAUCGAAACGACCCAUUCAGUAGCGUGAGUGAAGCGGCGCGCGUCAUUCCCCAGUCAGUGGUCGAUCUGCAUCACGAGAAUGAGUCGUCCAUCCUUGUCUGCUUCUUUGACAAGAAACGAUCCUGGUUGUGGAUUGCCCCCGACCAAAUCGCUUGUCUCGGGGUGGACUCUCAAGUGGACAAAAUCAAGCUUGCUUCCUGUCACAAGAGCUCGAUGCGCUCAUCCAUCAAGGAGGCUUUCGAGGUUGCCAAAAAGAUGCAAGUCGACCUCCCAACGCCCAAAAAUUCGCCGCCAGUUUAUGAUUCGGCAACAGCGAGCCAGUCAUCGUCAGCGAGUGUGUUGCGCCCAAUCAAACCGGUUGCACCUCCACAAGCGUCAUCGUCGCCCACUUCUGUGCAGCCAGUUGAGAGUGAAACUCCGAGGAAGCGCACAUUGCGCCAGUCCAACAACAGCGUUAGCUCUGCGACAGACUCUGCCGCUGCUGUUCCGUGGUUUGCAACCCAAAUAGCCGCGGGCACUCCUCCCAGAAAGAAAUUGCGUCCCGAAACGCUUACCUCGGGUAACGCUUGCCCGCGAGAUCCCGGCUGCAAAAAGUUUGCCGGUCACAUUGGUCGAUGUCUAUUUAAGGAGGCUUGAAGUCAACGUUUUCAGCUUCUUUUCCGUCCUGCUGUCGGUUCUUGAAUGCUUGAAUUUUCCUGAUUCUAUUCCACAGCUCCAAUAUAUCUAGUACUAAUUU